GUGGACGGAGCCGAGCGUACCUGGGACCGGGAUUUGUGGGAGGAAGAGAAUAGUGUGGUCAAGAAAAUCUCGUCGUCCGCGGAUGCUUUGGAAAUCAAAAAGUCGGGCAAGCCCGCCGUAAUUGCCGUCUAUGCACCCUGGUGUCAAUUCAGCCAGGCUAUGGAGGAUCAAUUUGAGGAAUUUGCGAAAGCAGUAGGAGACGAUGUCGACGUUUACAGUUUCCGCGGAGACGAAGAACGAGAGUUUGUCAUGGCUAACUUGAACACCAACUCGUUCCCGACCGUCAAUGUGAUCAAGGCAGACGGUACCGCAGUGAAGUACGAGUCGGAGGAACGUACUGUCGAAGCUUUUAAAAAGUUCAUGGAAAAGACACUUUAG